AUGGGGAAAAGAGCCUCGAGUACCCUUUCGGAAGAUCCACCAAGGUUCCUGUCGCCUUGGCGUAUCCUUUUUCUUGGAGUGUCUCUAUUGGCGAUGGGAACUUUUGCCUUCCUGCGCAUUCCCGGACUGAUGGUUGACAAUGCUAAAGGGGAUCCACUCGUCAAUGCCUUCUACUGUUCCGUGAUCACAUUGACAACUGUCGGGUACGGGGAUAUCUGUCCUGGCGAUCUGACACUGCUGGGCCAGGUUUUUCUCGUGUGUUAUGGUCUGUUUGGACUUGGAAUGUUCGGUGGUCCGGUCAUGACUUUGGCAUCAUCUUGGACAAAGCAUGUUCCGGGGGGACUGCCGACUGUGGGGACGGUAGCCAUGAGUGUUGGUGUGGGAAUAUUUAUGCAGUUGGAAGGUUUGAACGAAGCCGAAGCUAUGUACGCAAGCUUCAUCACUGGUACUACAAUCGGAUACGGAGACGUUACACCAUCUACGGAUGCGGGAAAGAUUGCUGUUGCUUUCUACGCCAUCUGCGCCAUUCCUGUGGUGGCCGGGCUUAUGGAACCAGCGAGGGUGCUAUUGGAAGGGACUUGGAAUUGCGACGUGCUACCAGACGAUGAUUUCUAUCAAGAAGCUUGA